AUGGGGCGCGGCAGCGGCACCUUCGAGCGGCUCCUCGAUAAGGCCACGAGCCAGCUCCUGCUGGAGACGGACUGGGAAUCCAUCCUGCAGAUCUGCGACAUGAUCCGGCAGGGAGACACCCAAGCGAAAUACGCCGUCAACGCCAUCAAGAAGAAGGUGAAUGACAAGAAUCCCCACGUGGCCCUGUAUGCGCUGGAGGUCAUGGAGUCAGUGGUUAAAAACUGUGGCCAAACAGUUCAUGACGAGGUGGCCAAUAAACAGACCAUGGAGGAGCUGAAGGAAAUACUCAAGAGGCAAGUGGAGACCAGUGUCCGCAGUAAGAUCCUGUACCUCAUCCAGGCCUGGGCUCACGCCUUCCGCAACGAGCCCAAGUACAAGGUGGUGCAGGACACCUAUCAGAUAAUGAAGGUUGAAGGUCACGUCUUCCCGGAGUUCAAGGAGAGCGAUGCCAUGUUCGCUGCCGAGAGGGCUCCGGACUGGGUGGACGCUGAGGAGUGUCACAGGUGCCGGGUGCAGUUUGGUGUUGUGACACGGAAGCAUCACUGCCGGGCCUGCGGGCAGAUCUUCUGUGGGAAAUGCUCCUCCAAGUAUUCCACUAUCCCCAAGUUCGGGAUUGAGAAGGAAGUGAGAGUCUGUGAGCCCUGCUAUGAGCAUCUCAACAAGAAGGCCGAGGGCAAAGCUGCUGCCACCUCCGAGCUGCCCCCCGAGUACCUGACCAGCCCUCUCUCUCAGCAGUCCCAGCUGCCUCCAAAGCGCGACGAGACAGCUCUGCAAGAGGAAGAGGAGCUCCAGCUGGCUAUUGCCUUGUCUCAGUCAGAGGCUGAGGAGAAGGAGAGAAUGAGGCAGAAAACAACCUACUCCAUGUACCCCAAGGCUGAGCCCACGCCUGUCACGUCAUCGGCUCCCCCGGUCAGCACACUCUACUCCCCACCCGUGAAUUCCUCUGCUCCCUUGGCCGAGGACAUUGACCCAGAGCUGGCUCGGUACCUGAACCGCAACUACUGGGAGAAGAAACAAGAGGAGGUUCGCAAGAGCCCCACGCCGUCAGCACCCCUGUCCCUGACAGAGCCGACUGCGCAGCCUGGGGAAGCCCACCCUGCCCCACUCGGGGUGGUUGAGGUAAGAGAGGGCCCGGACCUGGGUCUGGCACCUGCCAAGGGGCAAGAAGCACCGGACUCCUUGGCUCUGCAGGCUGGCUGCCAGCUCUUGGGGGGUCACGGCUAUCGGCUGCCCCGUCCUUCCUUCCAGCAGCAGUACCAGAACGGCGAGUCCGAGGAGAACCACGAGCAGUUCCUGAAGGCGCUGCAGAACGCGGUCACCACCUUCGUCAACCGCAUGAAGAGCAACCACAUGCGAGGCCGCAGCAUCACCAAUGACUCUGCCGUGCUGUCCCUGUUCCAGUCCAUCAACAACAUGCACCCGCAGCUGCUGGAGCUGCUCAACCAGCUGGACGAGCGCAGGCUGUACUACGAAGGCCUGCAGGACAAACUGGCCCAGAUCCGGGAUGCGCGCGGGGCUCUGAACGCCCUGCGGGAGGAGCACCAGGAGAAGCUGCGCCGCGCAGCAGAGGAGGCAGAGCGGCAGCGCCAGAUCCAGCUGGCCCAGAAGCUGGAGAUCAUGAGGCAGAAGAAGCAGGAGUACCUGGAGAUGCAGCGUCAGUUGGCCAUCCAGCGACUGCAGGAGCAGGAAAAGGAGAGGCAGCUGCGCCUGGAGCAGCAGAAGCAGACCAUCCAGAUGAGAGCCCAGAUGCCAGCCUUCUCAUUGCCCUAUGCCCAGCUCCAGGCCAUGCCAGCAGCCAGCGGGGUGAUAUACCAGCCCUCUGGGCCCACCAGCUUCCCUGGCACCUUCAGCCCAGCGGGCUCUGUGGAGGGCUCUCCCAUGCACAGCGUGUACAUGAACCAGGCUGCACAGGGAGGCACAGGGCCGUACACCGCCAUGCCCGUCACCGGGACUGAUCCCAGCAUGGUGAAUGCCUACAUGUACCAGCCGGGGGCCGGCAGCGGGCAGGGGGCUCAGCAGGGGACAGCAGUGCCCACCACCACCCCAGCAUACUCGUCCUACCAGCCCACGCCCACACAGGGCUACCAGAGCGCGGCCUCGCAGUCCCAGAGCAUCCCGGCCAUCUCCCAGGCCCCCCAGUCAGGGGCCAUGAGCUACAUGGGCAGCCAGUCCGUCUCCAUGGGCUACCAGCCCUAUGGCAUGCAGGGUCUCAUGUCUGCCCUCCCGGGCCAGGAUGCAGCUCUGAGCAGCCUUCCAGCCCAGCAGUCCUACAUGCCUGGGCAACAGCCCCUCUACCAACAGGUGGCCCCAGCCGGGGGGCCCCCCCAGCAGCAGCCUCCACCGGCACCAGCCCCCGGGCAGCAGCCCCCGGGCAGCGGAGAGGCCCAGCUCAUCUCAUUUGACUGAUCGAGGCCACAGGGCAUGGGGGACCCUGGGGGUCCUGUGUAACACUACUCUUCAUCCAGAAUUACUCUGUACUUCGACUGCUCCUCCUGUCCCCUGGCCCCAUGUCCGGGGGCGGUGGUGCCACAGGCUCCCAUCGCAGGCUCUGGGGACCAAGCGGCAGGGGCACAGCCCCCUGCCCCCGACUGCCCGGGGCUGCUGCCCCCGGCCCCCCCCCCCCCCCCCCCCCACUCCUCCCUGCCAGCCGGCGGCCACCGGGGCCGGGCAGGAGCUCGCCCGGUCCCUGCCGUUGCCCCGGGGCUCGUGGCCGCGGGCCCCGAAGGAGCAGCGCUUUAGCCCUGCCCGGUCCCCGGCGCCAGCUUGGCCCUGUCCCCGCUGAGUCCCGCUCCCCGCAGCGCCCUCCCGGGGCCCAUCGCCGGGCCGGGCCCGUCCCGUCCCCGCCCCUCGCGGGGGAGACCGAGCGCGAACGGCGACAAUAAAGCGUUGGAACGAG